AAUCUACUCUUCCAGUACUGCGGCAGCAGCAGCACGACGAGCAACACGGGGAGUGCUGCAAGUGGCAGUGGCAGUGGCAGUGGGAGUGCUGCAAGUGGCAGUUGCAGCGGACGCUCGCCACAAUUGCAAAUGGAGCAGCAGCAGCAGCAGCAGCAGCAGCAGCAGCAGCAACAUCAUCAGUCACAUCAUUUGCAGCAGCAGCAGCAGCAGCAGGAGCAGGAGCAGGAGCAGGAGUCACAUUUGGGGGUUCACUCCUUUGGCUAAAGGAUCCCUCCACAUACAUAUCUAACACACACACACACACACACUGACUCCCCCCGUUCCUCUUCCCCUCUCUCUCACUCUCACUCUCUAUCCUAAAUAUAUUUCAAAAUAAUUUUUUUUUUUUUUGUGUAGUUAAUAAAAGUGUUUUUUUUUUGUCUAAAUAUAAAUACGAGUAUAAAUAUAUAAAUACAAAAAUAAACUAGAUCCAUGUAUAGAAAGACGGUGAAUGAAUGAGAGUUAUCCCGAUACAUCCGAUACAUAUAUAAAUAUAAAUAAAAAUAUAAAUAUAAAUAUAUAUCUAGCCUAAGCCGCCAGGAUCAACGAAGUAAAUGAGUGAUAAAAAGUAAAAAAAACAAAAGAAACAAACAAGAAGAAACAGAAACAAACAUUUGUUAAUAGUCGAAGAGUAUGCCCGCGGGAUCUCAGACGAUUCGGGGAUGUGGGGGGUAGAUGCAAUACGUGUGUGGUAGGAGGAGAGCCCCCGCAUUCCCUAUACAUAGAGCAGAAGCCGAGCGGAAGGAAUCCACUUCAAUCCCCAAGCCAAGUGUCAGAAUACACUCCAAUUUGUGGCACUUUCGAGUGAGGGAAAGGUAGGGGAAACAGAUCAGCUCUCAUAUCAUAAUAUGUAAACCUUAAUUCCAAGUUUCAAGUUCUUUAAAUAACGCUAAACAAAACACAAAAAAAAACAAAAAACAAAAAGCAAAAACACGAAAAAUAUGAUCAAGUUUCAAGUUCAAAUCAUCAUUUUGUCGUCUUUACAUAAUAAAACGAAUAAUUAAA